GUUGCCGCGGAGACCGCCGGCCGGGCUGGUCAGGGGCUGAGCGGCGUCUCCGCGCGGCGCUUCUACUCCCGAACUGCUGGCCGGAGGACGGCCGAGCGAGAGCGCGAGAGAGACGGCGCCGGGCGGGCGGGGGUACCCUUCGCAAAUUUUCACGCCGCUGGAGAGACAAAGACAUGUGAAGCUUCUCUGGGAAGGCCCCUUUGCAAAGACAACCCUUAUGAUGUCCCAGGAGAAAAAGCAUCCCGGCUGCAUUUGAUUGGGGACUUCAGUAGAUGCUGCUGGCCUUUAUCCCAGAACUGAUGUGACGUGCAGCUCAUCACUGAAGCGAAAAUGAUGUCUUCCACUGAAACAGACAUCUAAAGUUCGCCUUAAUGAACGCAGCUUUUGGUGCCCUACCCAUCCUUUUCAGGAACUCAUCGAUCUACGGCUUAUCCCGGAUCACCAACAGCCUUUUCAUCAGCAAUGGAGAGGCGGCCAACAACAAACUUUUCCUCUAUGCGAACCGCAUCACCACCAUAAUUAACGCCACGGUGGAGGUGGUCAGCACCUAUUUCCCAGACAUUUACUACGUCCACGUCCCUGUCUUGGACUGCCCCACCGCUCGAAUUUAUGACUUCUUUGACCCCGUAGCUGAUAAGAUCCACGCUGUGGAACAGAACCAGGGCCGGACCCUGGUGCAUUGCGCAGCGGGUGUCAGCCGCUCGGCUGCCCUCUGCAUCGCCUAUCUGAUGAAAUAUCACUCCAUGUCUCUGUCGAACGCCCAUGCCUGGGUCAAGUCCUGCCGGCCCGUUAUCCGCCCAAAUCUCGGUUUCUGGGAACAGCUGGUCGAAUACGAGUACAACCUCUUUGGGAAAAACAGCGUCAAGAUGAUCCAGUCUCCUUUGGGUCUGAUUCCUGACCUCUACGAAAACGAGGUUAGAGUCAUGAUAGCGCUGUGAGAGACCCAGCAGGGGUGCACACCAGCCAAGGCGUGUUUGCAUUCACGGAGCCAAGUCCCGAUCAAAAUAAAUCCAUGCACAACCUUGGCUAAGUUUGUCACACAAAGUGAGGCUUGGCAACCACCUUGGCUAGAAGGGGGAAUUUGACCAGGGAUCUUCUGCUUUUUUCUUUUCCAUAAAUAAAAACAACGGAUAUUGGAAGGAAAAAAAAUAUGACACCAUUAGAUUUGCUCCUUUUUUACCUUGGUCUCCAGAAUAAAUCCUGCAGCAAAAUUCUUGGCUGUUUGGAUCAAUAUGGCUUCUUUGUGGGUUGGGGUUCAACAGAGCAGCCUGUAGUAGCCCCAGACCUUUGGGCGAGAUAAAUCCCUUUUGUGAACUUUUGCUGCAUUUUUCCAGCCGUGUUAGGAAAACUGCAGGCAGACUUUCUAAACGUCUAAAUUCCUUCCCUGCUUCUGGCUGCUUUAAUAUAAAGGAUCCUCCAAUAAUUGAUUUACUUGGGC